AUGUUCUCGUCAACGACUUCUGUUGUCUCGCGGCGCUGUUGCUCAAAGUUGUUACAAACACCACCUGUUCUUGCUCGACGUUACUCUAUCCUAGCUUCUUCUUCCCCUUCCACCACUUCUACUACUGCUGGUACUCGAUCGCUAUUCGCGGCGAAUACUACUCCUACUAGACACCUUUCUCGAAAUCAACUUGCUUUUACAUCGUUCGUUGUAACACGAAACAUGUCUUCUGACGGACGUAAGAUUAAGGUCAAGAACCCAGUUGUGGAGCUUGACGGAGAUGAGCAAACUAGAAUCAUUUGGCAGAUGAUCAAGGAUAGACUUAUCCUUCCAUUCCUUGACGUCGACCUCAAAUACUACGAUCUGGGCAUCGAAUACCGUGACCAAACAAACGACCAAGUAACCAUCGACGCCGCCGAAGCCAUCAAAAAGUACUCAGUCGGUGUAAAAUGCGCCACCAUCACACCCGACGAAGCCCGUGUCAAAGAAUUCAACCUCAAACAGAUGUGGUUAUCCCCCAACGGUACCAUCCGUAACAUCCUAGGAGGAACUGUUUUCAGAGAACCAAUUGUCAUCCCAGCGAUCCCAAGACUUGUCCCUGGUUGGGAGAAACCGAUUAUUAUCGGUAGACACGCUCACGGUGAUCAGUAUAAAGCUAAGGAUUAUGUUGCAAAGGAGGAGGGAACUUUGGAGUUAGUUUUUACUCCUAAGAACGGUGGACCGGCUGAGAAGAUUCAUGUUUAUGAUUACAAGAACGGCGGCGGCGUCGCAAUGGCAAUGUACAACACCGACGAAUCGAUCCGAGGAUUCGCCCACGCCUCUUUCAAACUCGCCUUGGACAGGGGAUACCCACUCUACAUGUCCACCAAGAACACAAUCCUUAAGAAAUACGAUGGUAGAUUCAAGGAUAUCUUCCAGGAGAUCUAUGAAGCCGAAUAUAAGAGCCAGUUCGAAGCUAAGGGACUAUGGUAUGAACAUCGUUUGAUCGAUGACAUGGUCGCCCAAAUGAUCAAAUCCACCGGUGGCUUCGUCAUGGCCUUGAAGAACUACGACGGCGACGUCCAAUCCGACAUCGUAGCACAAGGUUACGGCUCCCUCGGCCUCAUGACAUCAGUCCUAAUCACCCCAGACGGCAAGACCUUCGAAUCCGAAGCCGCCCACGGCACAGUCACCCGUCAUUACCGUGAACACCAGAAAGGAAAAGAAACAUCAACCAACCCUAUCGCCUCUAUCUUCGCCUGGACCCGCGGUCUAAUCCAACGAGGAAAACUCGAUGAAACUCCAGAAGUCGUCGCCUUCGCUGAAGCCCUCGAAAAGGCUUGUAUCGAUGCUGUCGACAAGGACGGUAUUAUGACUAAAGAUCUUGCCUUGGCGCAAGGUAAGACCGAUAGGAGCGCUUGGGUUAAUACAGCUCAGUACUUCGAUGCCGUUGAGAGACGGUUGAAGAGUGCUUUGGAGAGUAAGUUGUAG